AACCACAAGAGGGCAAACCACUCAAGAAAAAUCCCUCUGUGCGCCGUUUUCCAUACCCAAUUGAUUCUCUCGAGCAAGCAAAAAAGAAGUAUUUAACUCGAUCAGCAAGCCCAUCUAUUUCCAACAUUCUGUGUUUGAAGCUGCCGCAUGCUUGCUAACAAGAUGCUUGCUAUCCGUCCUGCUGUGCGGAGGGCCAUUGUGACUCAAUCGCGCCGUGCUAUCUCCGCACCGCAGGCACUUGCUCGUUGUCCUGCUCGACUUACAGCUACUACUACAUAUACAUCGUCUUCGCAAUUCCGUUCCUACUCUCGUCCCGCUGAUCCUCAAUUCUCGACCCGUUCGACCGUGGUGCAGCUGUUGAGCAAUAUCGGUUCCAAGCGCGAAGUUCAGCAAUACCUUUCCCAUUUCACUUCUGUGUCUUCCCAGCAAUUUGCUGUUAUCAAAGUCGGUGGCGCUAUUAUCACGGAGCAUUUGCAGACUUUGUCCUCGGCUCUCGCAUUUUUGAAUCAUGUCGGUCUUUAUCCAGUUGUUGUGCAUGGUGCUGGUCCGCAGUUGAAUAAGAUGUUGGAGGAUGCCGGUGUUGAGCCUCAUUUUGAAGAUGGUAUCCGUGUCACUGAUGGCAAGACUUUAGCUCUGGCAAGAAAGCUGUUUUUGGAGGAGAAUUUGAAGUUGGUGGAGGAACUGGAGAACAUGGGCGUUCGUGCUCGGCCUAUCACCACUGGCGUUUUCUCGGCGGAUUAUCUUGAUAAGGAGAAAUAUAACCUCGUCGGCAAGAUUAACAGCGUGGACAAGAAACCAAUUGAGGCUGCGAUCGAGGCGGGAUGUCUGCCCAUUCUGACCUCAAUGGCCGAGACACCCGAAGGCCAGGUUCUUAACGUCAACGCUGAUGUUGCAGCCGGUGAACUCGCCCGCGCUUUGCAACCUCUCAAGAUCGUCUACCUUGCUGAGAAGGGUGGUUUGUUCAAUGGUGACACUGGAGAGAAGAUCUCUGUCAUCAACUUGGAUGAAGAGUACGACCAUCUCAUGACCCAGUGGUGGGUUCGACACGGCACUCGCCUGAAGAUCAAGGAAAUGAAGGAGCUCCUCUCCGAUCUUCCGCGCACAUCCAGUGUCGCCAUCAUCCAUCCAGCAGAUCUUCAAAAGGAAUUGUUUACUGAUUCUGGAGCUGGUACCAUGAUCCGACGGGGUAACAAAGUACACAUCAAGUCAUCACUCUCCGAAUUCGAGGAUCUCGCUGCUCUCAAAGAAGUGCUGAUCCGUGACCGUGAAGGCCUUGAUGCCAAGGCUACUGUCGAUCGUUAUGUUGAAGGUCUCAAAGACCGCCCUUUCAAAGCUUACUUUGAUGAGCCCAUGGAUGCUCUCGCUGUUGUCCUUCCCCAGCAGGAUUCUACCUUUGCUCAUUUGGCCACCUUCACCAUCACAAAGGCUGGUUGGCUGACAAACGUUGCGGACAAUGUGUUUACUAGCAUCAAGAAAGACUUCCCCAAGCUCGUAUGGACCGUGAAAGCCGACGACGAGAACCUCACCUGGUUCUUCGACAAGGCCGAUGGUAGUCUAUCACGGGACGGUGACGUCCUCUUUUGGUACGGUUUGGAAGAUGGCGAUGAAGUUAAGCAGUUGGUUCUCGAAUUCACUAAGAACGGCCGCCAGAUGUUUGGCGACUACAAUCUAGAAGCUAGGUUGCAUCGUGCUGCCCAGGCUGCCUUGAACAUUGGCAAAGGUGGUCAACAGAAGCGCUCCUACUCCACUUACCGUACGAACGCUUUGCAAUCGUAUCGUAUGGGAAAUCAGGGCGCCAGUGGUCGACGAUCAUACAGCACUACCAACCCUAACCCUCCUCUUGGCGAGAAGAACAUUUCCAACACCCGUCCCUCCAAAGUUGCUUUGAUCGGUGCUCGAGGAUAUACUGGUCAAGCACUUAUCAACCUUAUCAACGCUCACCCCAACAUGGACUUGCGCCACGUUUCUUCUCGUGAACUCGCUGGUAAGAAGCUCGAAGGCUACGACAAGCGCGAGAUUAUCUAUGAGAAUCUCAGUCCCGAUGAUGUACGCCGAAUGGCUUCAAACGGCGACAUCGACUGCUGGGUCAUGGCUCUUCCUAAUGGUGUCUGCAAACCUUUCGUUGAUGCUGUUGACCAGGGGGCUCAGAAGGGUGGUUUGAUUGUCGAUCUCAGCGCCGAUUACCGCUUCGACUCAUCCUGGACCUACGGACUCCCUGAACUCGUUAAUCGAUCUACUAUUGCCCGCGCAACCCGUAUUGCCAACCCUGGAUGCUACGCAACUGCCGCUCAAAUCGGUAUUGCGCCGUUGGUACCUUAUUUGGCUGGACAGCCGACUGUCUUUGGUGUCUCGGGCUAUUCAGGAGCCGGCACCAAGCCUAGCCCUAAGAACGAUGUCAAGAUCUUAACCAACAACAUUGUUCCAUACAGCUUGACUGACCAUAUUCAUGAGCGUGAAAUUAGCUCUCAACUCGGAACCAGCGUUGCUUUUAUUCCUCAUGUUGCUGUUUGGUUCCAAGGCAUUCAUCAUACCAUCAGCCUUCCUCUGAAAGAAGAGAUGUCGUCCCGCGACAUCCGUAACCUCUACCAAGACCGUUACGCUGGUGAGAAACUGGUCAAGAUUGUGGGCGAGCCACCUCUCGUCAAGGACAUCGCUGGUCGCCACGGUGUUGAGAUUGGUGGAUUUGCUGUGCAUUCAAGCGGUAAACGUGUUGUCAUUUGUGCAACCAUUGACAACCUUCUCAAGGGAGCUGCUACACAAUGUCUUCAAAACAUGAACCUCGCACUUGGCUACUCCGAGUACGAGGGUAUCCCACUUGAAUAGGCGCGUCGCGUAUGAGGUAGGAGAUAUGUGCAAUAGAGCUGUUUUGGUUUCGCGAGAGAUCUUUUCCAUGGAAGAAAAAAGUGCCUGCAAAUUAGUUUUAUGUUCGUUUGGACUUAUUUUCGUUGUCAACAUACCCGGGUAUAUAGUGUGUCAUAUUGUUAUCGAAUGGAGCUUGUGAAAUGUUCAACAUGUGUCGUCGAUAGAGAUUCUCUUUCCGUUUGAUAUGGUGUGUUGGCUUCCAAUCACCUGCUUCAUCGCACCUUCCUUCAUCCAUCCAGGCCGGGCGCACCUUCCUCUCGAUCUUUGAUGUGCUUCCAGACCAGGUGACCUCCUUGCUCCUUUUCUUCCUUUUCUUCCUUCUCUUCUCUUCCUUUUCUUCUCUUCCUUCUUACUCUUUCUUUUUCUCCACCUCUCUGUUUAUCUAUUGUCCAUCCCACGAGACUCACGGUGUAGACUUCCAUCGUGUCUAUAAACCGUCUCUCAACUAUCUACAAACCUCUGAAAAUCUACGUCCUGCGGUAUAUGAUAUCUUUGACAC